AUGGCUUUCCUUCGAUCCACCUUUGCCACCUCCAUGCUUCUUUUAACAGUCCUAGUCGUUGUCUCCGCAACUGACUACUAUGGAUAUGGUUCAGCACCAGAUGUUCAGAAGCCCGACCUCAAAACAGAUUACAACCCUACAAAAUCAGAUGAUCUUGGAGUCUCCAAACCCAAAACAGAUUACUAUGACAAUGGAUAUGGUCCAGCACCAAAGGCUAAGGUCCCCAAACCCAAAACUGAUUACAAAGUUGACGCACCCCAACUCACCAAACCAGAUUAUUCUGACAAUGGAUAUGCUUCAGCACCAAAGGUUGAGAUCCCCAAACCCACAACAGUUUACAAAGUUGACGCACCCCAACCCACCAAACCAGAUUAUUCUGACAAUGGAUAUGGUCCAGCACCAAAGGUUGAGAUCCCCAAACCCAAAACAGAUUACAAAGUUGACACACCCCAACCUACCAAACCAGAUUAUUAUGAAGUUCCCGCAACCAUUGGUGUCCAAGGAGUUGUUUUAUGUAAAUCAGGCUCCAACUAUACCCCAAUUCAAGGAGCCGUGACAAGAAUUACAUGUGGAUGUGAGGAUGAACUUGGUGGGUACGAGACAGGUUCUAUAUCAGUAUUGAGCCAUGCGACAGAUAGUAAAGGUUAUUUCUAUUCCACCAUAUCACUUUCGGAGCUUGUAUCCAAUUUGAAGGUUACUGAAUGCAAGGCAUACUUGGAAAGUUCUCCAUUAGAGACAUGCAAAGUUCCCACCGAUGUGAACUACGGAACCAGUGGUGCUCCCCUUUCUUCUUAUCGCCUCCUUGAAAAUAAGACCCAAUUGUACACUGUGGGACCUUUCUUCUACACCUCUCAACCUGCUACAUCCCAACCUGCUACACCACUCCCCAACAACGGUUAUUGA